AUUAAAUGAUUAAAUAAAAUAAUAAUAAAUCUUUCAGCAAAAAAUUAAAUAAUUAAUAAUAAUCCAGUUCUGUUUAACACUGCACCCAAACACAACCAAAUCCUCAGCCACUGAUUCACAAUCACAGCCAUCUCUCUCUCUCUCAGUCUCUGCGUAAACCCUCUCUAAACCCUAAAAUGCUCGUUAGAAGAAUCUACACCACAAGAAGAAGACUAUGAAGCGGGUCUGGAAAAUCACAGACGCGGCGGCCCAAGCCGAGCUUUUCUGUUUCACUAAACCCAAAACCCUAGCUUCUUCUUCUUCCUCCUCUCCUUUCAACUUUACCCUCACCAAGUCCCCUAAUUACGCCUUUGCCACUCGCGACCUCAAUCCCCACCAUUCCAGCAAAUACACCUUUCCGACCAACAUUCUCAGCUUGUUCGCCGACAAGCUUGCACCUUCCGAUUUGUCGGCUAAAGAGGAUCUGAGGAACAAGGUGACGAGGUUGAAGGAGGAGCUGGUUCUGAGGUUCGAGGAUUCCGAGGAUUAUGUUUUUAGGGUUUUGGAGGAGAAAGGGGCGUCUUUGUUUCGGAGCUAUUCGGAUGGGUCCGCUUUUAUUGAGCUUUUGAAGCAGCUCAGUUCAUGGCCUCACUUAGCACUAGAGGUUUUCAAUUGGAGGAGAAAACAGGCAGAGUAUGGCAUUCUUAUGACACCUGAGGAGUAUUCCAAGGGCAUUGCAAUUGCUGGUAGAAUUAAGAAUGUUGAUCUUGCAGUGGAGCUGUUUACUGAGGCUGCUAACAAGCGAAUCAAGACAAUAUCUACUUAUAAUGCACUAAUGGGUGCUUAUAUGUGCAAUGGUCUGGGUGAUAAAUGCCAGUCAUUGUUUCGGGACCUGAAGAAGGAAGCAAUUUGUAGUCCUACAGUUGUAACGUAUAACAUUCUUAUUUCUGUUUUUGGUCGCUUGAUGCUAGUUGAUCACAUGGAAACAGCUUUUCGGGAGAUAAAUGAUUUGAAUCUCUCCCCUAAUAUAAGCACAUACAACAAUUUAAUUGCUGGAUAUGUCACAGCUUGGAUGUGGGAUAGUAUGGAAAAUACUUAUCAGAUGAUGAAUACAGGCCCUGUUAAGCCUGACAUUAACACCUUCUUGCUAAUGCUUCGGGGAUAUGCACAUUCAGGUAAUUUAGAAAAAAUGGAGGAGAUGUAUGAAUUGGUAAAGCACCAUGUUAAUGAUAAGGAAAUUCCAUUGAUCAGAUCCAUGAUAUGUGCAUAUUGUAGGAGUUCUGCAUCAGAUAGAGUUAAAAAGAUUGAGGCACUAAUGAAGCAUAUUCCAGAGAAGGAUUAUAGACCAUGGUUGAAUGUGAUGUUGAUUAGGGUUUUUGCUCAAGAGGAUUGGUUAGAAAAGAUGGAGAACUCAAUAAAUGAGGCAUUUGAGCACAACACCUCUGUUAUUACAGUGAGUGUGAUGCGGUCCAUAAUUGCAAGUUAUUUCCGGUGCAAGGCAGUGGACAAGCUUGCUAACUUUGUGAGGCGUUCAGAAUGUGCUGGGUGGAGAAUUUGCCGGUCCCUGUAUCACUGUAAGAUGGUCAUGUAUGCGUCACAGAGGCGCUUGCAUGAAAUGGAGAGCGUCCUAGAUGAGAUGGAGAACUUUAACUUGGAUCGCACAAAAAGGACAUUUUUGAUAAUGUAUAAGGCGUACUCUACUUGUGGUCAAAGGCACAAGGUUGAGCAAGUAUUAGGAUUGAUGUGGAAGUAUGGGUAUGGAAUUCCUUUGGAUGCAUUACCAUCAUAAUUUACCCUUUCAAUAACAGCAUAUUGGAUGGCAGAAUUUGCAAACAGCAGUCAGCUAAUUAUUGUGAGAAGUUCACUGCAUCUGUUUGACAGGAUUGGAGUUUCAAAUAAUUGAAAGUAUGGGUAAUCCAUCAAUGCAUCUUAAAAACAUUGAUGACUUUAUUCCUGUGCCAGAAGUCUUUGGUUUGUGGAUGAGAUUACCGUUCACCACAAUAAAGAUGUUGAUAUCAAGAUUCAAAACCUAUUUGCUGGUGUUGUAUUGCAUAAUUUUUCUUCUAAGGAUUAUGAGUUUCCAUCAGAGUUGGUUUCUAAGGCAUUUCAUUGAAGUGAUUGAAUGGAUCGGAGGAUCACAAUGACGCCAGGUUAAUCGGGUGACCUACCCAAUUUGUUGGGGCAAGUGAGGAUUGCUUCAUUCAAGGACUAGGAGAAAAUUGAGUUGGGUUAUUCUGGAAUGUUAUGUUUACGUGCAUUUCUGUACUUGUAAAUUAGGGGGUUUCUGGUACAUAUGUUUGAAAACAUGUAUUUUGUUGUUUGAAAACAUAUGUGGAAAUACGUGUGUGUGAAAAAAUGUAUGGAAAUACGUGCAAUGUUGUUUAAAAAUUGAAAAUGUGUGUUUAAGUUGGUGUACCAAACACCCUCAACGCAUUUUCUUUUUGGGUCUGAGUUCUCAGUUCUUGGCUACCACAUAUAACAAAGUAUAAUAUUAGAUGUGCUUUCAUGAAGAAUAAUAAAACACAUAUUAAGAGUUUUGUA